AUUUCAUCUUCUGUCUUCUAAACCUUCGAACUAGUCUUUUAUUUUCUGUAUUCUUGACGUAGUUCACCUUAUCAUUUUCAGAACUUAAACUUGACAUUGGAACAAGAUACGUACAAUGGCAGAUGCGAAGAAUUUAUUACAGCACAUGUUUAAUGCCGCUGCAGAUGCAAGGUGCCUGUUGUGGGAGAAAGAAAAUGGCAUCAAAGAGAUGAAAGAGCAACUGAAUGAGCUUGUUGGUCUACUGGGACAGAGUGAAGCAGGAAAAAAAGCAACCGAGAAGCAGCAAAAACUGAGAGAACAAACUGUUGCCAUUGCCUGCGGAUCAUCUCCGAGCUUAAAUGGUAAUGUAAAGAACUUUGCCGCCGAUGGCAUGAAUUGUCAGUUGUCUCUUAUGUCACUGCCUGCACAGAAGCAGCUCAAGUCUACAGCAGGCACCGCAGAUGGCUCACUGACACAUUCAGGAUCUUUUUUACAGGAUCAUCAAUGGAAGAUGAUGCAAGCAGGACAGUUAUCAACAAAGAAGAAGUGGCAGAAGCAUUGGAGACUUUCAUUCUACAUGCUGAUAGUUAUAUUGUCUUUGCCAUCAUUAACAAACUCCCUAACACCUCCAACACCACCACCAGUCUCAUACUGUAACGGAGUCCAUUUACAGUAUACGCUCACUAGAAUUAACCAACUGUCCCCAAAUGAACACUACCCAUUUGAAUCAACGGCAAUGAUUCUAAACAAUGGGUUAGAAGAUCUGAUAUCAUGGAAACUUUUUAUCGAUUUUCAGCAUAAGGAGUACUUGAUUUUUUGUACAAACGCCAUGUUACUAGACGGUACUACUUUACCCGCAGAUACUACUACAAAUGAGUUAGUGUUUUCUGGUUUCCCAACUACAGAUUUGAAAUCAGCAAAUGAGACCCAAGGAGAUGUUGAGCAAAUGAGUGUUACAAUUUCUUUUGUUGGGACGGAACUUGGAGUCAAACCACCCAAUGCUCCUAUGCCUAGGAGUAUUUCUCUUCUAAAUGAUGGGUUCAACUGUUCUGAAUCUAGGAUGCUAGGGAAAGGUACGAUGUAUGCAUGUUGUUUGAAAGAACCAGAUUUUGUAACAACUGUUACCAUGGGCCAGUACCAACCACGCAAGAAAGGUGAUCUGGUGAUUUUCUAUGAUAUUGUGAGAUCAUUUGAUUCGGAAUACGAUGCUCAAGUAUCUAUACAGAAUUAUAAUUCACUUGGGAGAUUGGAUAAUUGGAAAUUGAGUUGGACUUGGAUGGGGGAUGAGUUCAUUAAAAACAUGAGGGGAGCAUAUCCGUCGACAGUGGGUUCUGGAGACUGCAUAUUUGGUCCCCAGGGGACAUUUUACAAGGACAUGAAUUUAUCGAAUGUCUUGAACUGUCAGAGGAAUCCUACUUUUGUUGAUCUACCUCGUGCGAAAACUUAUGAUUCAACUCUAGGAAUGAUUCCAUUUUGCUGCAGAGAUGGAACAAUCUUACCUCCUUCUAUGAAUCCAAGCAAAUCUAUCUCUAUGUUCCAGCUCCAAGUCCAAAAAAUGCCCCCAUUUCUCAACAGGACUGUUCUUGUUCCACCACACAACUUUCAGAUCAAAGGCAGCACAUUCAACCCAGAUUUCAAGUGUGGUCCACCAAUUUUUGUUACUCCAAGUCUAUUCCGACAUCCAAGUGGGUUGCCGGUUAAUGAAACUGCAGUUGCGAGCUGGCAAAUUGCGUGCAACAUUGCACCAGCAGAGGAAGCAAUUCCCAAAUGUUGUGUUUCAUUGUCAGCGUUUUAUAAUGAAUCUGUCAUUCCUUGUCAGACAUGUGCUUGUGGUUGCGAUAGGCCAAGCAGUACCUGUAAUGCCAACGCACCAGCUAAUCUUCUUCCUCCAGAUGCUUUGCCUGUUCCAUUUGAUAAUCAGACAGAUAUGGCCAUUGCUUGGGCUCGUAGCAAACACUUGCAGUAUUCAAGACCUGAACCAUGUCCAGAUUUUUGUGGAGUCAGCAUUCACUGGCACUUGAAAUCAAAUCAUUCCAAAGGUUGGAGUGCGAGGAUUACUGUCUUCAACUGGGGAGAAACUAAUUUUGCUGACUGGUAUGUUGCUGUGCAAUUUAGGAAGGCUAUUGUUGGGUUUGAAACAAUGCACCAGUUCAACGGUACUGCAUUUAACAGCUCCGACGACACCAUUUUUCUGCAGGGUAUGGAAGGUUCAAAUUACCUUGUAGGAGAAGUAGAUUGUGCUAACCCAGCGAGGGAUAUUAGAGUUCCAGGGAUACAGCAAUCCAUCAACUCCUUUACUGUUAAAGAGAAGACUCCUGGAGUCGCAAGAGACAAAUUUCCGGCUAAAGUCUUGUUUGAUGGGGCAGAAUGUGCACUUCCAGUAGUAUUUCCAUCUCCCAGAAUUAGAUGGCUCGCAAGCAUUUGGGCAUUUGUUUUAGGUUUUGCGGCUCUUAUGUUGAACUAAACUAUAUUUUGCUUCCUUAAGCUUAUAUGGGUCUGUCAAUUUGUAUUGUGCGGAGCCAUUACACUGAAGAAGCACUUGCAGUAAAUUAUUCUACUCACAAAA